AUGCCUAAUGCUGUCUGUUUGUUUCCAAUGGAUCCAGACUUGGAGGAGGCUUUCAAUGAUGUUCAGAGCUCCGUCUACAGAACAGCCCUAAAACUCCGCUCAGUACAAAGUCUAUGCCAGUUGGAUUUGGUUGAUGUUUCUCUGAUUCAGCACAUCCUAUCAAGUGAACAGAGCCAGAGGGAAGAACAUGUUUCUCUGAAUGUGCAGCAGAUCUCUGGAAUGCUGAUGAAACUGUUCCAAAGGGCAAGAUUAGAAAAACCAGGCCAGGUAGAUCCAAGAGCUGCUGAAUUCACGCUGAGCCUCCUAGUUGCCGUGUAUGACAGAUCUGGAACAGGGUAUGUCAAAGCUAGAUCUGCUGCAGUUGCCCUAAUUGCCCUUUCAGGAGACACUCUACUGGCUAAAUACAGAGCUUUCUUCCGGUUUUAUGCUGUCCUUCGUGAGAAAAUGGCCUUGAUUACCCGUAGUGCCCUGAGAAGCCUACUAACAGACUUAAAUCAGAUCCCAGCCAUUGUGGGAGAAAGCUGCACUCAGUCUUCUGUGGAAAUUGCUGCUCAUGACUGUUUCCAUGGAGUUCUGAAUUCAGCUAUUGAUGAAGAAAAAUUCCUGUCUUGGCUGAGAUCAGAACCUGCUGUUCUCUUGUGGCUCCCUACAUGUUACAGAUUAUCAGCUACAGAAAUGGUUUCUCACCAAGCUAGAUGUAGAGUCUGCAAAGUUUUUCCCAUUACAGGCCUCAGGUAUCGCUGUUUGAAGUGCCUCAAUUUUGACCUUUGCCAAGUCUGCUUUUUCACUGGUCGUCUCUGCAAACCACAUAAGAGAUCACAUCCUGUUGUGGAACACUGUGUACAGAUGUCAGCAAAGGCGAAUGCAAAGCACUUUCUCCUCACCAUCAGGAACAACCUGUUUCAAGAGUGUUGCAGAAGAAAGGAGGCUCAGAAAGGAAAGGUUCUAGAGACAGAGGAGGAGGGGCACUUCCCUACUCACAGAAAUACUUUUCCUCCUGCAGAACUCAGUGCUUCACCACUACCUGACCCUGAAAGCCUGUCUUUCCCAGUGGACAAUUGUGUCCCAGAGUCACCCAGGUUCAUAUCUGAAAACAGGAAUGUAAUGCAGAAGAGUGAAAAUGACAGUAGGACACUGGAGCAAGGCAAGACAACAGCUCAGGCAAUAGCCACUUUUGAAACAGAUCUGUUAAAAAUGCAUGAAUCCAUCAAAAGCAUUCACAGUAACAGCAGGUACGUGAAACAGCAGUUCAACAAAUGGAAGGACAAAAUGCAGUAUCUUCACAACUGCCAGGAAGAAAAAAACUGCAAAAUAGAGGCAAAACUCCAAAGACUGAGAGCAAACCAUGAAAACCUCCAAAUGACUCUGCAGCAAAUGAAGCAAGAAAUACAGACAAUGUUACAGUCAUCAGAGCAUCCUUUUGCACAGUGUCAGAAUAUGAUGUCAAGAAAUCCACAUGUUCAGAGGAAAGGAGAGGGCAGUUUAGAUCCUGUCCAAACAAGCCCUACUUCCAGAACACAUGCAGAUGAGAAAUCUUUGAAUCCCCCCAACUCUGCAACUAGAAUGCAGCUCUUACAGACAUAUGAGGUUCCCACUGAAGAGGAGCCUCAGAUGACCUUGUUCUCAGAUGACCCUCUGGAGUCAGUGUCCCUGCAGAGUGACAGACCCUUUGUGAGACAGUAUAAAAAAGCAACAGAGGAUCAAACGUAUCUGCCUAAAUUGACAGAAAACUCUCUCAGUGGCACCAUGAGAAAUACAAUUCUUACUCCCACUGCAGUGCAGAUACCACUUGAUGAGAAGGAAGUCAGAGAGGAAGUGGAACUGCAGCAGCUAAUGAUGAAACUGAAGGAUGCAUUGUCUCUCCAAACCCAACCAGAUCAACACUCUGCUUUGCAGCAGGAGUUUUUCUCUACAGCUGAGCAAGUUUGCAGGUCCUUUUCUGACCUCAUCAACCAAGUAAUUUCACCAUCUUGUAACUGA